AUGCAAAGGGAGGACAAAUGCAGCCAGCCCCCCUGCCCUGCACCCCACAGCGCCCCUGCUGGUAGGAGGGAGAACCCCACUCCUCCCCCAGACUCUGCUGCAUCACAGGGUAACGAGGGCCCGCCCGGUGUCUCUCUGCCGCCCCCUGCAGGUCCGGUGGGCAGUGCCCUCAGCACCCAGUACGGCGCCCGCCCCGUGGUGAUGGCCGGGGGCCUCCUCUCGGGGCUGGGCAUGCUCCUGGCUUCCUUCGCCACCAGCCUGACCCACCUGUACAUGAGCAUCGGGCUGCUCUCAGGCUUCGGGUGGGCCUUGGUUUUCACACCCUCCGUGGCCUCGGUGGCUCGUUACUUCAAGAAGCGCCGGACGUUCGCCACAGGCUUGGCCUUCACGGGCGUGGGCCUGUCCUCCUUCGCCUUCUCCCCACUCUUCCAGUUCCUGGUGGACACCUACGCCUGGCGGGGGGCCCUCCUGGUGGUGGCCGGCAUGUCCUUCAACCUGGUGGUGUGCGGAGCCCUCAUCCGCCCCCUGACCCUCAAGGAGGACCUGGCCAGCCCUGGGGACCCCGGCGGGAGCUGCCUGGGGAAGCUUUCCACCCUCUUUGGCCUGCCUUUGCUCUCCCACUGGCCCUUCAUGAGAUUUGUGCUAGCUGUGACCUUGAUCAACACCGGCUACUUCAUUCCCUACGUCCACUUGGUGGCCCGAGCCCGGGAGCUGGGCUUCGAUGAGUACCAGGCUGCCUUCCUCAUGUCCGUGGCAGCCAUGGCCGACCUGUGUGGCCGCCUCCUCUCGGGUUGGCUGGCCGACUGCCGGGCUUUCCGCCUCAGCCACAUCUUGGUGGCCUGGACCUCCCUGACUGGCAUCUCCUUGGCGCUGGUGCCUCUGGGGCGCAGCUACCCGUUGUUGAUGGCCAUCGGCGUCUGUUAUGGGUUCUUCUCCGGGGCGCUCACCCCCGUGGUCUUUUCCAUCCUGCCGGAAAUUGUGGGCAUCGGGUGGAUUUUUGGCUCGAUGGGGCUGCUGCAGAUGAUGGAGAGCAUCGGCGGGCUUCUGGGAGCGCCGUUCUCUGGUUGGCUGCGGGACAUGACUGGGGACUACAUGGCCUCUUUCUUGGCAGCUGGGGCUUUCCUCUUAGCUGGGAGCCUGGUUUUGGUCACUCUGCCCAACUUCUCCUCCUGUCUGGGCACCUCCUCUCCUGCCUGCCGGGGCACCCAGGUGGAGGCAGGGGCAGAGCCGGCUCCAUUGACACCAGCCUCUGGGGAACAUUCCUCCCAGGACAGAGACUAGCCGGCCAGAAGCCAAGAUCUCAGGGAGCCGGUGUGACUGCAAGGGAGUGCUGGGACCAUCACCAGGUUCUGGAAGGGUUAAUGUGGUAAAUUCCAGCCUGGUGAGGGGUCUCUAUCUAAAAGGGUGCUCCUUCACAGAAAUAAGCCACUUCACUACCCCCCUUGCCCUCCUGGAUUCUCCUCCGGUGCCUCCCAUGGGCUCUGGGCUCCAGCUCCAACCUCCCAGCAGCCUGCUGGAAGCCUAGGGCUUGUUCUGGAGGUCCAUAAGUCGGGGAGGACGUUGGAUCAGAGUCUGGGUCUAAGGCAAAGAACAUUUUAUAAAGGGGGAGGGGGAUCGGGCCGCUGCGUUCAUUUGGGGAAAUACGGCACUGACCUAUCGAGGGCAAACAGGAAGUAAAAGGCCCCCUCCCGUAAUCUCUUGGGCAGCAGGCCCCUGCCUCAGUUUCCCCACUUGCUGCUAGGAAUAGCUGGCAGGAAAUAGACACCCAGCUUUGUACCCCACGUCGGGGAAUUAGUGAUGUCCCAGAGCCCAGAAAUGCAGUUACCGGUCCCGGAUUUAUGGAUUUUGUGCUGCUAGAUGUGUAAUUAGACAGGUGUGGCUGGGGAAAGGGGGGGGGCUCUCAUCGGGCAUCGUUUACCCUCCAGAAGGUAGGAUUUGGUGAUUUAAAAGGCGGGAGGGGUUUGUUUAGAGAAAUGACAGUUUCGAGGGGGGACAAAAGCGGCGGUUUUGAGUGCCACCUUUUCUGGAACAGAGCUGCGUUUGGGGGGAAUUAAAACCAGCCAAUUCCUCUG